AUGAAGAAAGCGGUGGCGGUGGCGGCGGCGCUGGUGGGCGCGGGCCCGGCUUCGCCCGGCGCCUCCUCCUCCUCUUCCUCCUCCUCCGUGCCCGGCUUCCUGGCCAAGCUUUGGACCCUGGUCGAGGACCCCGGGAGCGACGACGUGAUCUCGUGGAGCCGGAAUGGACAAAAUUUUUGCAUUCUGGAUGAACAGAGAUUUGCUAAAGAAUUGCUUCCUAAGUACUUCAAACACAACAAUUUGUCUAGCUUCAUACGACAGCUCAACAUCUAUGGCUUCAGGAAAGUGAUUGCACUUGAAAAUGGCAUGAUAACGUGUGACAAGAAUUCUGCCAUUGAAUUUCAGCAUCCGUUUUUCAAGAGAGGGCAGUUUGAUUUGCUGGCAAACAUCAAAAGGAAGGUGGCCACGGUAAGGCCGGAAGAUCUAAAAAUCUGCCCAGAUGACUUGCACAAAGUGUUAUCAGAAGUCCAGGAGAUGAGGGAGCAACAGAACAGCAUGGACAUCAAGCUGGAAAGUAUGAAAAGGGAAAACAAAGCCCUCUGGAAAGAGGUGGCCUGCCUCCGCCAGAAGCACAACCAGCAGCAGCAGCUCCUGUCGAAGAUUCUUGAAUUUAUACUGGGUUUAAUGAGAGGAAACUGCAUUUUGGGGGUCAAGAGAAAAAGGUCUUUGGCCGAUGCAUCAGACGGUUCACCUGCAAAAUACAGCCGCCAGUACGUGCGCAUUCCCGUGGAAGACUGUGAAACCACAGACCUUUUGGAGCAUAGUCCAGACUGCCAAGACUCCAUUAUCAUUCGUGACAUCACAGAUGCUCAAGAGGAAGAGGAGGAAGCAGAAGCUGCUGCCCCAGAGAAGCUUUUGGCGCUGGUGCACUCCAAUCAUGAAAGUUGGAAGGCUCCUGUGCCCACCCGAGAAGGAAUUCCCACUUGUGGAACACAAGAGACCCCUGAGCCAGAAGUGCCCCAAGGGGACCGUUCGGUUCAGCUCACGGAUGGCCCCCUCCAGUCCAGUGCUAUGGAGUUGCACACUCCACAAGUCAGCGCCAACGAAGAAGCCGCAGCCGUGAUCGAUUCCAUCAUCAGUGAAAACCAAACCAUGGCAUCAAGUGACUCUUUCCUUGACAGAGAAGAGAUCCAAGACUUCUUGAACUGUAUCGACGCAAGUCUUGAGGAGCUUCAGGCAAUGCUCUCCGGGAAGAAAACCCACCACGCUCCGGAAGCACUGACGGAUACCUUCAGUCCUGAGCUUCCUGUGUUGGAUUCAAGCAUACCAGAAGCUCCUCUCAGAUUGGAACAGACAGAAGCCUUACCAGCAAACUUAGACGCAGAUGGGAUAAAGAAUGAGGAAACCUCAGGGAAGAACGACAUGCAGCUGAUUCAGUAUCGGGGGAACCCUUUGCUUUCCCUGUUUGAAGAACCGCCUUCCAGUGAGGAAGACGUCCGCCUGGAGAACGCCAGACGGCAUCUGCUGGGUCCCGUGGAGAGCAACGAAGCAGCGCAGCGAGUCACCGGCCCAGAGGGCCAAAUGGACGGAGCCCUGGAUCAGCCUCUUCUCUCAGAAGACAUGAACGGCGAAUAUAAACUCUUCCCUCUUCUGCUUCUCAGCCCCGUGGCAAAUUUCAUAGAAGAGGCCUCAGAAAUAGAGACAACUUGAAUCACUGACCUUUCACAAAAUAGCAUCUUUUCUGUGGAAAAAGAUUCAAGAACCGCUGCUGGUCGCAGUUCUGCUUUCCUUGCUUUCUGUGGCUGAAUUUCCUCCAUAAACAAGGCAAAGCUAUUUUUACCCGCACGAAUGUAGUGUUAGGAAGGCAGCUGCAAGGCUGAAGUUCCAAAUUGCACUGAUUUUUU